AUGGCCCCUUCACUCAUUGAAACUGCUGCUACCGUUACACCUGUUCCAUCAAAGUUACAAGAGCGGUCUCUGACUGGUGACUGGCGUGAUGACUUCUUUCGAGAUGGCUACACUGUCAUCAAAAAUGCCCUAUCCAAAGAGCGUGCACAGCAAUACCAAAGUGACGCCUUGACUUGGCUAGAAUCAUUUGGGCUGGGCUUCGACCGUAACGACAAAAGCACCUGGAAGAAGGAAAAUCUUCCUCAAAAUUGGAAGGGAGGGAUGUAUCUUCAUUUCUCUGCAGCUCAUGAGAAAUACAUUGAGCCCGGUGUGAUCGAACCGUUUACUCAACUCUGGGAAACCGACGAACUGGUGGUCUCAUUCGAUACUGUGAACAUCACCCUACCCCAGUCCAUUGUCGGUGAAUAUGACUCGGCCCCAUGGCCACACGUUGAUCAAGCCCCUGAGCGCAGAGGCCUCCGCUGUGUUCAAGGAAUCGUCAACCUCUCUGAAGCAGGUCCCAAAGACGGUGGCCUAGUGGUGAUGAAGAAAUCAUCUUCUCUCUUCAAUCAAUUUUUCGACGAAAAUCCAGUUCAAGGCCCUACUCCCUGGCGAACGGCCAAGCAUGAGGACUUCCAUCCCUUUCAAGAUAAAGAUCUUGACUGGUACCGCUCCCACGGAUGUGAGCUGAUCAAAGUCUGUGCCGAGCCGGGAGACUUGAUCCUCUGGGAUUCGAGGCAGAUGCACUGGGCUCAAUUCGGCGAGUCGGAUCUUAUUCGCACAAUUGCAUAUGUGACCUACACGCCGGCCAAGUGGAUGUCGGAGGAGGAUCGCGUGGUGAAGAAGGAUCUGUUCGAACAUUACGAGACUACUACGCACUGGCCGCAUACGAAUCUUUUUUCCCAUGGGAAGGCUACGGUCAAGGUUGCUGGAGAGGAAAUUGUCGAUCCUUUAGAGAGGGAUGAGCCGAUCACUAAGCCUAUCAAGACUGAGAAACUGCUCAAGUUGGCUGGGGCAUUGCCUUACUAG